UCCACGGUGCCCUACCUGCCCUUUGAUUUCCAGGUCUCUGUUCCUUCUUUUCCCACCAGCCUAACUGUUCUGGAAACCUCAGUUCUUUCUUUUAUAUGCAUCAAUCAAAAGUGGGUUCCUUUGGACUGUUUCUAAAACAGUGCGCCUGGAGCAGCGGCUUCUCUUUCUGCAUUCCGGCCGCAAACGCUAUGCAGAUUUCAGUCAUUCUACUGCUCUGGUUACCAUUCAUCUUUAAGACCUCAAAAAGUGUCCACUACAUACCAAAGAAUAAACAAACAACAAAAGUUUUUAUCGAAUGGGAUGUAUUUCCUAAGGAAGGAAGUCCUGAAUUUUAUUUUUUAAAAUACCAACUUGUCAAUAAUUUUGCUCAAAAAGCUGUCAAAAGUAUUCUCAUAGACUCACAAAAGCUUCCAAAAUCAGUAAUAACUCUAGAAGAAGAUGAAGACUAUUACAUCAUUUUACAGUCCAUAAAACAUGGGCAAAUUUUAAGUGAAAUGUCAUUUCAAACAUGUGGAAUCUCAACCAGAAAUAUUAAAACAGUAUCAACAAGUACAAGUGUUUCUUUUAACUGGAGUAUGCUCUCUUCCAAUAACUUUUCAGUGUCAAUAUUCCUUAAUAAUUCUUCAAAAAUGUUGCAAAAUAAUAUGGUUUAUGAGUGGGAUCAUUUGAUGCCUGCCACCUUAUAUACAUUUACAUUUGAAUUUAAACAGUUGCAUUUGGAUUUUAUAAAUAUAUUUCAGAGACUUGAUAUCCAAGUUGAAACAGGAUCAUGUUCACAAGAAUGGGUAGCAUUUAAAAAAGGCUGUUACAGAAUUAGCAAAGAGAGUAAGCCAUGGAAAACAGCUCAACAACACUGUAACUUAUCCUUAAAUUCUGCACACCUUGUGGAUAUAAAAAAUGAAGAGGAAAAAAGAUUUUUAUUUUCACAUCUCAGAUCAAAGAAUCAAACAAUGAUAUGGACUGGUCUUAAUGAUUUGAAGAAAGAAGGUCAGCUUACAUGGACAGAUGGAUCAUCUUUUGACCUUAAGAAAAAUGAAAUUUUUUCUUUCCCAUUGCCACCCGAAAAUGAAAGAGAUUGCUACAUUUUACAGCAAAAUACAACUGGAUCAAAUUAUUUCUUCACAAAUUUUUUCUGUUAUCUUCCAUUGCCAUAUAUUUGUGAAUAUGAAUUACCUUCUCUCCAUGAAAACCCUUCAUUUAAUGUAAAAGAAGUUAGAACAACUGAAAUCGUAUUUGGUUGGAAUAAUUUGAAUGACUGGAAUAAUUUGAAUAAGUGGCUGAAACUGGGAUAUAAAAUUAUCAUUAAAUAUUAUUUAGACUCUACAGAAGAGCAACAUUUUGACAGCUUGCCCCCGAACACUACAGAAAAAACAAUAACCCAAUUGUGUCCUGGCUAUAUUUACAGAUUUUUACUCUUUGCAAUAAAUGAAUGGGGAGCUAAAACUAUACUAAGUCCAGUAUUCAUUGUUGAAACACGUCCAUUAUCAGCCAACAAUCUCACAGUUAGCCAUGUGACCUCAACAGAAAUAUUUUUACGCUGGGAUCCUCCAGAUUCUGUAUCUUUCCACCAUUAUCUUGUGACUAUUUUGGAUGUUGAAACCAACAAAUCUGAAGAGGUGUUUGUUGAAAAACUCAACACAUCAACAACAAUUGGAAAUCUCAAAUAUUUCCAUCAUUAUCUGAUAUACCUCUUCAGUGUAGCAGAAAGAGGAACUUCAAGCUCUUUAGAGAAACCUGUUUCAGUCAUUACAGGUAUUAAUCCACAUCAGAAAGUUUAUGUUAAAACUGAAGAUGUGGGAGAAGGUAGCAUAAUUCUCCAAUGGGAAUGCCCACAAGAGAGCUACAAGGUCUGCAUUCAAAUCAAAUCCACAUCAGAUACAAGAGAGGUCAUGAAGCUUUUUGUGAAGAAUGCUAACAGAUUCAAGAUUGGUAAUUUAAUCCCUGGAAUAACAUAUGAAAUUAAGAUGGCAGCAGUGAUGAAUGGGAACUUGAGUGAGCUGGUAACUAUUCAACACACUCUAAGUCUGAAAGCAACAUUAAAUAUCCAUGAAGGUAAAGUUACAGACUCUUCCAUAGAAAUUCUUUGGAAUCAAGCUGAUGGGAAUUUUCAGCAUUAUGAAAUCACAUGCAUCAACUUUGCUGCUGCUUUCAUGGUCCAGAAGGUAGCUCAACAAGCAACAACAGUCUCUGAUCUGGAUCCUGCCACAGUGUACACCUUUUCAAUUUGGCCUGAAAAAGAAGGUUUUAAAGACAUUACUUCUAACAUCAUAGUAACACAGACAGAUCUUGAUCUACCAUCAAAUUUGCUGAUUUUGGGGGAGGAAGCAAACACAAUAUAUCUGUCUUGGAAAUGCCUACAAGGAGGUAUCAAAAAAUUUCAGAUAUCCUAUUGUAUGACAUCUAGAAAGGAAAAGCUGUUUAUAGUAAUUGUUCAUGGCAACAAAGUCAAAGUAAAGAAUUUGACUCCAGGUGUGAACUACAUGUUUGAAGUGAAGACAGUUAAAGGCGAAGAUUACAGUAUAUCUGUAAUGAAAAAUGUGACUACAAAGCCAUCUAAGAUAUGUGAUUUAUUAUUAAAAGCUGUGACUACUUCUGCAAAUUUGAUGUGGAAUCCAACAGAGACCAAUUUCACUCAUUACAAGAUUUUGAUGUCAAACAGAACUUUUGUAAAAGAAUAUCUCAUUUGGGGAAUGAUGAUUGAGCACACAAUUACAGAUCUGACUUCUGGUGGAAUAUAUAACAUCACAAUGGCACAUAGAAUGAGAAGCAAUGUUGAAGGCUGUGGCACAUUUAUCAGUAUUACAGAACCAGAAAAACCCAAGAAACAUGAAGUCUUCACGAUUUUUACACAUUCCUUUCCCCUUUGCUGGAGCCUGCCCUCUGCCUGUGUAGAAGGGUUUCAUGUGGAUCUGGUUCCUGACAGUGACUGUGUUACUAUCAAAGAUCUUGGAGGUGGAGAGUAUCAGAGCCAUCAAUGUGAUUCCACUGGCUGAAAAAUGUAA